AUGAUACCGAAAUGGUUGUUUCUAGUGCUGUCUGUUGUGAUAGCACUGUCAACUAGAGUCGCUGGUGCCCAGGAUAAACGAAGUCCAGAAGAUUUGUUUCACGAAACGGCUGAAAAAUGGCAAGGCAGGUAUUACCAACAUUGGGACGAGUUUGCAGCGACGAUAUUGGAACGCUUUAAGAAGGAAGAGCCCGUGGUGACUGAUAGCAGCGCCAAUGGAGGAUCAAAAACUCUACCCCCUCGACUGGAUCUGAUAGGAGCGUUGGAAGAGUCAAUUUUGAUUAUAGAACGGAACACACUUCACGAGGGAGCCAACAAAAAGCGCGAUAAUGCCCUCUCCAAGCUAUACCAUGCCUAUGGGUAUACACUCUUGCAAUUAACAGCCAUCGAAUGCCAGUUAUUGGCUCUGGACCCACAUACCCUUUUGAUUGGAGCAGAAACCAUCAAGAACGCUGCCUCGCCACCCACUCCGUCGACUCAUAUAUGUACCGAAAACGCCGAGAAUACUCUCCGAAAUGCUGUAACCUUGGAUGCUACCAAUGCCGAGGCACAAGCUCUCCUUGAUACGAUUCUGGAAGAAGAGGAUGGAGUCCAUACACGAAAGCCCUUGGAAUUCAUGGCGGCACUCUUUGAUGGCUUUGCGGAUACCUUUGAUGAAAAAUUGCUCAAAGGGUUAAACUACCAGGUGCCCAAAUUGGUAGGCGACGUUGUCAAUAAAUUUGCCAAGAAAAAUGGGCGCAAAACGUAUCGCCAUGCCCUAGAUGCUGGCAGUGGAACUGGACUAGCUGGCAGGUAUCUAAGGCCACUAGUUUCGGGACUUUUGAUUGGAGUGGACGCCAGUCAGAAAAUGUUGGAUAUUGCUGCCGAUUGCACUCUCACCGCAGGGUGUGGACUGCCCCCCGAUCCAGAAAACAACAAAGACGACAAUAAGGGCCCACCUCUCUAUGAUGGCCUUCUAGCCAUGGACCUGGAAGCAAUGACAGUUGCCAGCACUCUGCUGCCUUUUGCUUUGAAAGCAAACCCGCAGGAAACUGCCAAGUCAACUGGGAGUGGUUUUGACUUGGUUGUGGCUGCAGACGUACUAGUGUAUUUUGGAAGCUUGGACACCGUGAUUCGGACCUUCCGACAGGUAUCUGUUCCUGGUGCUUUACUGGUAUUUUCGUGCGAACGAACAACGUCCGAGGAAGCGCCAUUGGGAUAUCGGCUGCUGCCAUCUGGCCGAUUUGCGCACACGCGAGAGCACGUGGAGAAGGCUGCGUCGAAGGUUGGAUAUGUGUUACGGUCUUAUGAAGAGAUUGUGCCCCGCCAGGAGAAGGGAGAGGAUGUCUUGGGCCACUUGUUUGCCUUUGAGCUUGAACGACAACAAGAUGGAUCUGGGCGAGACGAACUCUGA